GGAGAAGUCAAGGUUAACUCUUUCAAUCAAGCAGUUGGAAGAAGAUCCUCUUUUGGAGACAUUGGACAAAGUAAUUCCGCAAGAAGGUCAGUCAGAAUCUGAGUCUCUUGUGAUUCCCGAUAACGUCAACGUUGAAUCCCUCCCAGGACUGGAAAGCAUAUGCAAAGAACUACUGCAAGAGGAUGGUAUAACUGGUGUACGUCUUGGACGUCAAGGCUUGGAGAAGAGGGUGGUUUCACAAGACUUGGAGUUGUGGCUCUCUAGUGUGCCAGCAAAAGACAAACAGUUCACGCUUCUUGCACGAGCUGGAAGACAGGUUCAGGAAGUAUAUUUGACAACCACACUCGAUCCAGAAGGCAUUAAGAAGGCUGUGCAAUGUGUACUGCGAAGGGUCCCCUAAACUUACAGGAUUUGAUAGUUUAUCAUAAUUGAAUCUUAUGGUUAUUAUGCUUUUAAUUCAAACUAUAUUAUCAGCAAUAUAUCACUGAUUAUUUGUAGAUGGUGAAUAAACCAGUUGAGUUGAAAAUUAUUCAAUUGAAGUUUGCUCUUUUUAGUUGGUAUAAGUUCAAGCUGAGCACGAA